GAAAUGAGAGACAUCUGCGUAAAGAUACUUCCUGGAAACUUUUUUAAGUGUAAAGGGGGAAGAAGUACAAGAAGAGGAUGAAGAGGAAGAAGAAUCAUUUCACAUCAGAGACACUCGGCAGAGAUCACGGAGGACAGAAGAGAGGAGAACAAGAAUAAAGAGGAUAAAUGUUUCCUGUGGACGGAGAGAUCGACUGUCUCCAAUAAACAAAGAUGUUUGUUUUAAUCGUGGCAGCUCUGCUUUUUCCUGUGUGGGGCAGCACUUCAGACUCAGGUUCAUCAGCUAAAAAAGGAGAAUGCCUAUUGCGUAACUACUGUACCACUCUGAGCGAAGGAGAAAUAACAGCUGAGGCUGGACUCUGUGUUGUGAUACCGUGUUCUUUCACUACUGAUUCUGACUUUACAGCCACAAAAAUAAUCUGGUACAAAUGUGAAAGACCAAAAACUAAAUGUGACCCUUCAGACGUGAUAUUCAGCUCCACUGAGCCCAAUAAUGGAUUUAAGUCUGGGUUUGAAGGCAGAGUGUCACUGUUGGAGUCUGAUGUGAGGAAGAAGAACUGCAGCAUCAUCAUUAAAGACCUCAGGAAGUCAGACUCUGGAUCAUAUCAGCUCAGAGUUGAGAGUACCACGAAAAAUGGAUUUACAUUCGAUAGAAAAGCAAACAUCUCAGUUAAAGAUCUGACCCAGAAGCCCACAGUGACGAUUCCUUCUCUGACUGAGGGACAGAAGACCACACUGAGCUGCACUGCUCCCGGUCUCUGCUCUGGAUCUGUUCCUGAGAUCACCUGGAUGUGGAGAGAAGGAGAGAAUGACUCCCACAUCACAGGAAACAUCUCUGCUGUCAAGACUGAUAAUCUAAGACACAGUUCAACUUUAACCUUAACACCCUCAGCUAAGCGCCAUGGCACCGAGAUCAUCUGUAAGGUCAACUUCAAAAACAGCAUCUCUACAGAGAAAACAGAGACUCUGAAAGUCACCUAUGUAAAGGAUCCUGUCAUCACGGGGGAAAGCGUUGUUCAAGAGGGUGGUGCUCUAAAUCUGAACUGCAGUGUUGAUAGUUUCCCUCCGUCUGUCGUCACAUGGACUAAACUCAGCUCCAACAAAACCUUGAACACUGAAACUGGAACAGCCGAACUCAUCAUCUCUAACAUGACAGCUGAAGAUUUUGGGAAGUACAUCUGCACAGCAACACAGCAGAUCACUAACCUGACGCCACAUACUGAAGUAAAUGCUGCAAUGAAACCAAUGAUCUUAAACAGCUCUGCAUGUGAGGUUCAGUCAGAGGUCCUGACCUGUGUGUGUAUCAGUCAGGCGUUCCCAUUACCCACCAUCGAAUGGCCGCUGCUGGAGAACCACACCCAAUACUCUUUCACAAGUGUAUCAAAAAAAACAGUCAGCAUCGUGGCUGCAUCUGUGAAAGAUCACAUCUACAGCCCUGUUGUGUGUGUGAGCAAAAAUAACUUAGGAGAAGUAAAAAGGAACCUCACGGUCAUAAUAAAAAGUGUGACUGAAAGUGUGUCGGAAAAAAAGGAGACACAUCCAAACCAGAACUUAUCAGAAGCUCUGAAACAGCCUCAGGUCAUCGUUGCCUUUCUGAUUGGUCUACUCGUCUCAGCUAUCAUCUGCUGCUCAGUCACAAAAUGCCAAAGGAAAAAACAGACAAGCUCAGGAAAUGUGUCGACGGAGAAUCUGGAGAUGAUGGAUGCUGCAGGUCAAACGUUGGACAAUGGUGAGUGCCAUGGCCAAGACAGAGCUGAGUGUGAAGCUGGAGCUGCCGUGCAACCAGCUGAUGUAGAACCAAGAGAAGUGGUGUACUCUGACAUAAACUUCUCCUUGCUGAAAAGAAGGAAUCCCACAGAGGCCGAGAACAACCAGGAGACCACAAAGUCAGAGUACGCUGAAAUCUGGAGAGACAGAAAAACAGAGGGGAGGCAAGAGAAUGGUGGAGAGGAUGGUGAGAUGUUAGAGGGGAAUAAAGAGGAGGAGGUGAUGAUGGAGGAGGAGGAGAGGAAAGAUUGUGUUGCUGAGAAAGAGGAGGAGGAGGAUGUGGCAUUGUAUUCUAAUGUGAAGGAUUUAAUGAAGAAGAUGUGAGGAGUGUGUUUCUCAGAGUCACUUGGAUACAAAACAUUUAAGAUGAUUAGACUCAGACAGAUGUGAGUGAGUUUGUUUUUGAGAGGAAAUGGAUAUUCUUGUGUGUACAAUCAAAAAAAAAGUUAACCGUAAAGAGGAGACAAGUCAGAGGAUGGAGGGGGAUCUGUUGUAUUUUCUGCCUGAUAUGAACUAUGAUGAAGACAUGUGUACUUCCACAUGCAGGGGAUUGUGCUUUUCUAUCCAAUUAAUCCAUUUUGUUUCCACUCACAAAACCAAGUGUCGACUUUUUCAUGUACAAAACAUAUCUAAUGUCCUCAGUUGCAGCUUGAAUCAAUAAUUCUGUAAAUUAAGUAAAAAUGUUAUUCUAAAAAAGGCUUUUGAA